UAGCAACUUCAUACCGGCAAACAUGGCGGACAAAACUGAGAAAGAAGAUACCGCUGUGAGCGAAAAGAAGGAAACUAAGAAGAAAGAUGCUAAGGAUAAGGAGACUGAAAUGUCUGAAGAAGACAAGCAAUUGCAAGAAGAAUUGAACAUGUUGGUGGACCGUCUGAAGGAAUCGGACCAGAAGCUAUACAAGCCAGCCCUGGAAAGUCUACGGUCACAGAUAAGAGCUUCCACCACUUCCAUGACGUCUGUGCCAAAACCCCUCAAGUUUCUUCGACCCCACUAUGAAUCACUAAAGGAGGUCUAUGAAAAAAUUACAGAAAAUGAGACAAAGCGCUUUUGUGCAGAUAUUGUAUCUGUCAUGGGUAUGACAAUGAGUGAUGGUCGAGAAAGUUUGAAGUAUCGCCUCCUUGGCUCCAAAGAAGAGAUUGGGUCCUGGGGCCACGAAUAUGUCAGACAUUUAGCAGGCCAGGUGGCACUUGAGUGGCAGGACACUGAUGAGGCAAAUAGCUCCAUGCGGGAGUCGCUGCUGACAAUGACAAAAGAGGUGGUGCCUUACCAUAUGGACCACAAUGCAGAGGCUGAGGCUUGCGACCUCCUCAUGGAAAUUGAGCAACUUGACAUCCUCCAUAACUAUGUGGAUGAGAAUGCUUACCCCCGUGUGUGUCUCUAUCUGACUAGUUGUGUGCCAUAUGUCCCCGACCCAGAGAACUUUACCCUGCUGAGGACAGCUGUCGAUAUAUACAGAAAGUUCAAACAGUUUCCACAGGCCUUACGCUGUGCUCUGCAGCUCAAUGACAUGAAGCUUAUUGAGGAGAUCUUCCUGACCUGUAAAGACAUAAUGAUGCAAAAGCAGCUGGCCUAUAUGUUGGGGAGACAGCAGAUUUACCUAGAGCUCGGGGACGAUGUGGAGGAGUAUGAUGAGAUGACAGAGAUCAUGUCAAAUGCCCAUCUCAACAACAACUUCCUUGCCUUGGCAAGAGAGUUGGAUAUUAUGGAACCCAAAGUGCCAGAAGAUAUCUACAAGUCACAUUUAGAACAAAGUCGUAACACCAUAGGUCCCAGUAAUGUAGACUCAGCACGGCAAAAUUUGGCCUCAUCAUUUGUAAAUGGAUUUGUGAAUGCAGCAUUUGGCCAGGACAAACUUCUGAUGGAGGAUGGGAAUAAAUGGCUCUAUAAGAACAAGGAGCAUGGUAUGUUGAGUGCCACAGCAUCCCUGGGUCUGAUCCUGUUGUGGGAUGUUGACGGUGGUCUCACACAGAUAGACAAGUACCUGUAUUCCUCUGAGGACUUCAUCAAGGCGGGGGCUCUCCUUGCGUGUGGCAUUGUUAACUCUGGUGUGAGGAACGAGUGUGACCCCGCGCUCGCCCUCCUGUCCGACUAUGUCAUGCACACCACAGCGAUCAUGAGGAUUGGUGCCAUUGUCGGUCUUGGUCUAGCCUAUGCUGGGUCUAAUAGAGAAGAUGUGUUGACACUCAUUUUGCCAGUACUUGGUGACAGCAAAGCUGCUAUGGAGGUUGUUGGGAUGGCUGCCCUGGCCUGUGGUAUGAUAUCUGUGGGAAGCUGUAAUGGCGACGUUACCUCAACGAUCAUACAAACCAUGAUGGAAAGAAAUGAAGCCGACCUAAAGGACACUUACUCAAAGUUUCUGGCCCUGGGACUUGCUCUUACAUACCUAGGUAAACAGGAUGCUGUGGAGGCUACACUGGUCGCUCUAGAAGUGAUUGCCGAGCCUCUCAAGUCAAUGGCUUGUAUGCUGGUCGAUGUGUGUGCCUACGCUGGUACUGGAAAUGUAUUAAAAAUACAACAUUUGCUGCAUGUCUGCUCUGAACACGACGAGACCAAAGAUCAGGAUAAUAAUGAAAAGAAAGAUGACAAGAAGAAGAAAGAUGCUAAAGACAAAGACAAAGAAAAGGAAAAAGAAAAAGAAACAACGAGUGCAGACCUCUCUUCACAACAAGGAAUUGCGGUACUAGGAGUAGGUCUGAUAGCCAUGGGAGAAGAAAUUGGUUCGGAAAUGUCUUAUAGAGCUUUUGGACAUUUGCUACGAUAUGGUGAACCAGCGAUAAAGCGAGCAGUACCUCUGGCUCUGGGCCUGAUUUCUGUAUCUAACCCCAAAUUAAAUAUUCUGGACACUCUAAGCAAGUUCUCCCACGAUAACGACACAGAGGUGGCCCACAACGCUAUUCUGUCCAUGGGCCUGGUCGGAGCAGGAACAAAUAAUGCACGUCUAGCUGCCAUGUUACGUCAAUUAGCCGUGUACCAUGCCAAGGACCCGAACAACUUGUUCAUGGUGCGUCUAGCGCAGGGUCUCACUCACCUGGGCAAGGGCACGCUCACUCUGAGUCCCUAUCACAGUGACCGUAGCCUCAUGUCGCCCGUUGCAGUCGCUGGGCUUAUGGCUGUUCUUGUGUCCUGUCUCGAUGUAAAAAAUCUCAUCCUAGGUAAAUCUCACUACAUCUUAUACCACCUUGUGGCGGCCAUGCAGCCACGCAUGUUAACUACGUUUGACGAGGAGCUCCGACCACUUCCUGUCCCUGUGCGAGUUGGACAGGCUGUUGAUGUGGUGGGACAAGCAGGUAAGCCCAAGACCAUCACUGGGUUCCAGACACACACCACGCCAGUAUUGUUGGCUUACGGAGAGCGGGCAGAACUCGCCACCGAGGAAUACCUACCACUGAGCCCACUGAUGGAAGGCUUUGUGAUAUUGAGGAAGAACCCCGACUACGAGGACUGAUACCACGGUGACUAGGGAGAAAUCAGCCUGGCUAUUUAUGGCGUAAAACACGAAUAUAGAGACAGUUAUCUACCUUUGUUAUAGUAAUCAUCUCUGUGGUCAGCACUGUGCAAGGAAAUCCUGAUUUUGACAACUCCACGUGUUUAUGAAACAGAGAUUGCUUUAUAUUAGUGACUACUUGGUUGUUUACAAUUACAAUUUUAAACAUUUAAAAAGUGCUUGCAGUUUAUCAGUCGCUAUCAGAGCUAUUGUUGUUAAGGACCAAGUAAGUGCUAUAGUAAUGAUUGACAGGUGUGACCCCAAUGGUCACUGUGUGAGAUCGCAACACAGAUGAGGUCAUUUCACUAACUCAAAUAUUUAUAAAAUCAUGUCAGGAGUCAAGAUUGGAAUCUUGUGAAGCUGAUGUUGUUUAGGAAUUAAUGAUUAUUUACUACCUAGUGCGUUUAUAGAUUUGAAAUGUUCAUAUGUUGGCUCUUUAAUUGAUUUGACAUUGGUGGUGUUGCAUAAAAUCUGUCAACAUAGUGCUAUAUUGUGAUACAGAUAUUAGAGAUUCAGUAGAGACAGACUGAUGCUGAUCAAAUGUUCAGACAAGGUGUUCAUGCCAUGGUGAAUGCAAAGACCGAAACACUUGUAAAUGGUUCUUAGUGUGGAUGAAAAUAUGAUUGUGAGUGGUGUGUUCAGUGUGAAAGUUACUAUGUUGGGAUAUGAAUGGUUCAAGUGUAUUGGUUGACGAAGAAUCACAGUUUUGAUAGAAAAAAGCAAAUUAAAAUUGUGAAAUGUC